AUGUUGUUCAAUUCAAAAACCAAAAGGCCUGAUUAAUAAGAGAAUUAAAUAGGAAAGCUCAGAGAUCUCAAGAGAAAAGUUGAAAGAUGUUGUUAUGCCCUAUCUGCAUAAAUUCAAUUUUAAUACAAAAAAAAUAAUCAGCUAAAAAUUUAUGAAAAAAACAAUAAAAUUUGA